GAUUGAUUUAACUUUCUAUAUAAAUAUCAUUUUAAGCAUUGUAACGAGUGACUUAUGAGAAAAGGGUGGCGGAACCAGAAGUGAAAGUGAACGUAGAAAAAAAAUACACAUGUUUAGUAACGAUGGUACUAAGACUAAUGGUUAUAUUUCCAUUAAUUUUUACGAAUAUGUGUGACAAAAUUGAUAUUGAAGCAAAUGUUACUGGUGGGGGGUUUUCUGGACAGGCUGGUGUUAUACGAUUAGGUAUUUCAUUAGGGCUUCGAAGCUUUGUCGAUAAUGACAUGAUAGAAAGAAUGAAACUUGCUGGCCUUCUAACAAAUGACUGGAGAAAGCGUGAAAGAAAGAAGUGGGGUCAGGAAGGAGCUCGUGCAAAAUUUACAUGGAAGAAACGUUAAUUUUUCUUUUAAUUUCCUGCAUUUAAAUUUCUAUAUUAAAUUUGAAUAAAUUAUAUAAAAUUUAUUAAACAUUUUGAAAUAGAAUGCAUGUUAUAAAAUUCUGUAGAAAAAAUGCAACAAAAAAUAAAUGAUCAAUAAAAAUUAUUAAAUAAAA